AUGUCUACAAACUCUCGCGUCUUGGAGCUUACAGACGUCGAGGAAAACCUGCGCACUCUAUUAAUCGAUGUUGCCAAAUACAUUGACAACUCUCCUGGACAUGCUUCUGAGAGUCAGGUACCACUUCCUGAUGACCUCGCAAAACAACCACUCGUUCUAAGAUGGACUGGUGGCUGGGUCCGUGACAAACUCCUCGGUAUCGAAAGUCAUGAUAUCGAUGUAGCAAUUAACAAAAUGACUGGCUUCCAAUUCGGUCUGAGGCUGAAGGAAUAUCUCGAGAUUCCUGGCAACCCGGAAAAGUACGGUCUGGAAGGUGUCGCUAGCAACGAGUCCCAAUCAAAAAAGGCUGAGUCUGGGAAGAGCAAGAUCGUUGGUGGCCUGCACAAGAUUGAAGCAAACCCGGAAAAGUCAAAGCAUCUGGAAACCGUCACAACAAAGAUCCUGGGUCUCGAUAUUGAUCUGGUCAAUCUGCGCAAGGAGACAUACAGCGACGACAGUAGAAAUCCUCAGAUGGAGUUUGGCACGCCUGAAGAGGACGCUCUUAGACGCGAUGCCACUGUCAACGCCAUGUUUUUCAACAUCACUACUCGUGAGAUUGAAGACUUUACUGGCAAAGGCCACAACGACAUGGCCAACAAGAUCAUCCGCACCCCUCUCGAGCCUUAUCAGACCUUCAAGGACGAUCCUCUGCGAGUUCUGAGGUUGAUCAGAUUUGCUAGCAGAUUGAACUAUACCAUCGAGUCUGAGGCUCGCAAGUGGAUGAAGGAUGCCGAAAUCAAAAGCGCCCUGCAAGCAAAGAUCAGUCGCGAAAGAGUCGGUGUCGAACUCGAAAAGAUGCUCCGAGGUCCCGACCCUCUGAUGGCUCUGAACUUGAUUGAACAGCUCACUCUAUACUCCACCAUCUUCUCCGACCCUGCCCAAGACCAAGACAAGGUCUUUUCACCGGACACAGACAAUUGGAGCACUGUCAUCAACUUUGUUCAGGACAUCAUGUCUUGCAAGACCAGCGACAUUUUCGUGCGUGACGCUGAAGAAAGAUAUCUCAUCUGGUUGUUGUCUGCAGUUGUCCCAUACAGGGACGCUCCAUCUCCUCCAGCCAUCGAAGGCAAGAAGCCACCACCUCCCGUUGCCACGGCUGUCGCACGUGAAGGCAUCAAGGCUACUAACAACGUCUGCAAUGUAAUCACAAACUCUAUCAAGAACUAUGCCGAAAUCUCCAUGAUGGCCAACGACUCAAACGGCCGCAAGCGUCCAGCACGUGAAGACUUGGGAAUGGCAAUUCGUCGCUGGGGUUCUACCUGGAGAUCACAAACAGCGUUUGCACUGCUGGUCAAUGUCGCCGAUGACCCUUCAGCAGCUCAAUCUCACCUCUCCGCGUUCUCAAACUUCCUCAAGUACGUGCAAGAACUGGACCUCCUCGACGCAUACGCUCUCAAACCCAUUCUCGACGGCAAAGCCCUGACAAAAGCCCUCGGCGUACCAACCGGCCCCUGGAUGAAAGAUGCCCUCGACGUAGUCAUGCGCUGGCAACUCCGCAACCCAGGCAAAAAGGACACGGCCGAAGCCAUCGAUCAAGUCCGCCUCGCCAAAGACAGUACCCCAACUCCUGGUGAGCUGACCUCAGACCUCAUGACGUAUUUUCUCCAGCUUACCAUCCGCCCGCUGUUUGCAAAGACACCGACGCAGCAGUUUGCGCAAAGCAGUAGUGAUGAAAAGACUUGGAAGGGUAGGGAUGCGUAUGCGUUGGAAUUGCUUCGCUGGGUGAUUUGUGCUGCGGAUGAGGACUUGGUGCAGAGGAAUUGGCAUGCGAUUGUGCCGCCUUUGCUCAGCAUACUCGACGACAUCGACACCGAAUACAAAGCCCAAGGCUGCGAAUUGCUUAAACUCUUGCUGGACAAGACAUCACCUGCACUUCUCAAACGCACUGGUUUAGGGGAUGUGUUUGAGGAAGCCCUGAUGCCAUGUCUAGGCUACCUUCCCACCCUGACACCUGAAGAUGAGAGUGCACGUUUACUUUCGGUCGCCUACCCAGCCUUAAUCUCCCUUUCCAACACUUUGGACUCUUCCUCUUCUUCCUCAUCACCCUCAUCACAAAAGCCUCCGCAGUGUCUAGCCCUCCUCGACAACCUUAUUCGCAAAGGCAUUCUCAUGACUUUUACCUAUUGCCCCGAACACGCCAAAAUCACCACCGUCACCACUACAAAUCUUGCUGUCAUUCUCAGUCAUAUGGGCUUGGACUCUGUCAAACACCUUACUUUCAUUCUACCUAUGCUUUCUUCUAUACUCGGUCAUCCUUUUGUCACUGCUUCGCCACCUCUAUUGCUUUCGUCUAUCAAGGCGUCACAAGCUGUGGUGUUGAACGCGUGGCCCAGAAUGCAGGUCUACAAGACCGAGGUGUUGAAAUGCGUGGCUGUGCCUUGGAUCAGGAUGCAAGAGGAAAAUGCUGAUGGGUCGGAGUGGAAAGAGAUCAAGGAGGAGUGUAGAGUCACGGUACAGAUGCUCAAGGAUGCUUUAGGCGAUGCCGCCGAUGAGUUCGAUAAAGAAGUGGCAGAAUUGAUCAAGGUGGACAAAAGAUUGGAAGGCUUGUUUUGCUGA